AUGUCAUCUAUUAUUCGUUAUCGUUUUAAAACGGCUAAAACAGAUAAUUAUGAAUAUGUUAAAUUUAAUGGUAGAGAUUGUUCACUGGGCGAACUUAAACGUUUAAUUAUGGAAAAAUGUUCCAAAUCACAUGAUCCAAAAUAUGACUAUGAAUUAACCGUGAGCAAUGCAAGCACGUUCGAAGAAUACAAGGAUCAGAAUGCAUUGAUUCCAUGUAAUGCAAGUGUUGUUGUUGCAAGAAAAAUUCGAGGUUUCUUGGAUCCAUUGACUCCAUUAACAAAUUAUAAUAAAACAACAGUAGACGAUGCCACUCUAGAUAUAAUAAAAGCACAAAUUAAGCCUGAAGAACGAGAUAUGGCUGUAAGUAUUACCGUCACUGGUUCUCAUCAGCCUGAACAAAUGACAGAAGUGGAAAAAAUAAAAGAAAUUCAGAAAGCCUCACAUACAAAAUUUAGUUCAUCUCAUCGACAAUUACCAUCAACCUUUGUACCUGCAUCGUAUAUCUGUCACAAAUGUAAUCAACACGGACAUCACAAACGAAUGUGUCCACUAAAUGCAGUGAAUGAGGGUGGUAAAGAGCAUCAUACUCCAUAUCCAUCUAGUUAUUCUGCACACCACGGACGUCAUAUUCGUGACAAAGGUACAAGUGGUUUACCACGAUCCGAUUUAAUCUCUGUACCAAGGGCUAUUCCAGGCUCAUUAAGAGAUGAUAGUGGAUCAUAUGUUAUACCAAAAUUAACGGCUGAAGCAUUAGUUAAAAAACGAGAAGAUGCAGCCAAUCGUUUGAAACAAAAACAACAAAUACAAUCUGGAAUCAGUUUAACAACACCUAUAUCUGCUGUUCAAUUAAAUUCUUCGACAAAAGCUGAUGAUAAUUCCAUACCAAAAGAUCUUUUAUGUCCAUUAUGCAACAAAAUCUAUGUUGAUGCUGUUAUAGCACCAUGUUGUCACUUCAGUUUUUGUGAUGAAUGUAAGCAGUUUAUAAUAAUAAAACAGAUUUUACAAAGAGGAUGGAUGGGCGUUCGUACUAGGCUAAUUGAAAGUGAAGAAAAUGAAUGUCCAUCUUGUCAUCGUCAAAAUGUUAUAAUUGAUCAAAUAAAUCCAAAUUUAUUUCUGAGAAGUCAUGUUCAACGAUGGUUUAGUGAAAACCAGCAACAACGACAAAAAUAUACAUUACCUUCAUAUUCUUCUUCAACAACAGUUAAUGCAUCAGAUCCUGAUUUCGACCUAGCUCUGACAAAAUUAAAUGAACAUUAUUAUGACGAUAUGGAAAGUUCACCACAACAUAUGUCGUCAGCGGUUCAAGCCACAACGACUGCUCUCAAAACAAAAUCGUCGAUAGUUACCGCAGAUCAACAAAUAAAGAAAAGUUCUUUGCCUCAACAGACUACAGUUUUUGCCACAAGACCAGCGGAUAUGACAUUUGAAGAUGGAAAACAACAAGAUGGAUCUGAUGGAAGUCAAAUCAUAACGGAUGAUUCUGAGAAUGCUUCAGUAUCGGCGCCAAACAUGACUUUAACUGAUACUUCUCAAACAAUGACGAGUGUCGAUCCAAUGCAGACAGCAACAGGACCCAAAGAAUUUUUUACUUCGAGCGAAGCAUCAACCACCACUCAAUCAUCUACAAUUAUACCUUCAUCCUCUACAAUCACUACAACAAUAAUAGCUAGCUCAACAGAAAAUUCGCAACAACAACAGUAUGCGUAUGGUGUACCAACUAACUCUUAUCAGCAUUAUGGUCAACAAUCAUACAACUAUCCUCCGGUGUCAAUGCAACCAUCAAUGUAUCCACCUCGAUCAAUUAUGCCAUUGCCACAAGCAAUGUCACCGUAUGUAUCAGCUCCGUUUGGUGGAAGGCCGGUUCUACCGCCCUAUGGUCAUGGUUAUCAAAUUCCACCGCAUUUAUUACAUCAUCAAACUCACCCGGUUCAUCAUCUAAUUCCAUCAACAUUUCUUCCAGUUCAUCAUCCUGCACAUACCAAUGUUUUGCCCUAUCAGACUCAUCCUCAUGUUCAGUAUCCAUCACCUCAAACUCAACAUUUUCAGUCUCAGUUAAACCCAAGUCAAGUUUCACCUAGUAUCACAUCAUCUGCCGCCGCCGCCGCAGCAGCAGCAGCAGCACUUUUAAGUGAAGAAGAAUUUUAUCGUGAAAAACAAAGACUAUUACAACAAAUUCAUGGUCGACGACCAAGGCAUCGUCGUUCGUCAAGUGCACGCUCUCCACCAUCGCCAACCUAUCGUCGCUAUUCAAAUCAUAGACGUUUAUCUCCUGGACGUUCAUCUACAUCGCAAACACGUUAUAAUACACGUCGUCCAUCGCGUGAUAGACGUCGCGAACCUUCAUUAACAUCCUCACGUCAUUUUCGUCGUCGAAGCAGUCGUGAUCAUAACCACCGUCCAGAAACGCUCACAUCGCCGUCACGACGAACAACUGAUCGACCAGUCAGCAGCCAGCGUUCUUAUCAUCGUCGACAUUCAAAUGACCGAAAACCAAAAUCGAGAGCAAAUAAUGAUCAUUACUCACAUUCAUCAUCGAAAUAUCGUGAAGAAUCAAGGAAAAAUGAUGAUAAACGUGAACGAAACAGUGGUAAUAGACGCUAUAAUUCAAAAUCACGACGCUCUUCUCCUUCACAACAAAAGAAACAUUCAUCAAGAAGUCGCGAACAUUCUCCUCAUAGAACAGGUAGAACAGAAAAUGAUCAUUAUCAGCAGAAAGAACGGCAUCAUUCACAUGAAAAUCAUUUUGAUCAAGCAAGACACGAAAAAGAACGGUCGAGGCAUGAAACUUUCAAUUCCAAUCCUGUACAAACACAAUCACAUACUAGUCCUCAUGUAUCUCUCUCUGUUCCUCAGUCAAUCUCAUUUGACACUAAUUUUCAAAAUUCAACGUCAAUUAAUACGAAUUCCAAUUUGUCUUUAUCUCAUUUACCAUCAAAACAAUCUAAAAUGGAUAGCGAUAACUGUCCUGUUAUAUCGGUGACAUCUAUUAAAUCUGAAUCUUCAUCUUAUCAACGUAAACGCAAAAGUGAAUCACCUUUAAUGGAACCAACAUUAAUUACUGUGCCUAAUAAUAAUGAUAAAAAUAAACGCACAAAAGUCGAAUCACCCUCUAUCACAGAACAGGACGAACACAAACAAGAAUAUCAUCAUCCCAUCUUAGAAAUUUAUCCAGAAAUAUCACUCGUAUCAACAAUGAUGACCGAUGAUGAUAAUAAAGUGCAACAAACAAUGAAUGACGGUGAGUUAUAUUCAAGAAGCAAAAAAGAAAAUAUUAUUCGUCUAUUAAUAGUGAAAAAUGUGUGUCGAUUUACUUCGUCAAUCUCAAAUGAACGAUACAAUAAUCUAUCGCCACCGACAGAUCGUUCACAAUCUUCUUCACGCACAAAAAUAACAUCAUCUUCAACAAGAAAUAACACUAGAAAUAACAAAGAAUAUUUGAAUAAAUCAAUAAGCAAAUCGACAACAGAAAAAUCUCUAGCACAUCCACAUUUGUCAUCGUUUGUUGCAAAAGAAGAAGGAAAUGGAAAUAACUCGGAUUCAAAUGGACGAAAGCAUCUACAGAUGUCAACGGCAUCAACAUCAAAACUUCAAGUGGUUGUUUCUGAUAAUGCUGAUCAAAAUUUAGACAAAGAAUUAUCUGUAUCUCGAAAGGUGUACGCAACAACAUCAUCUUCUGUUCCAUCAAAAUCAGAAGAGGAAUAUCGUUCACAUUACCAUCAUCGAUCACGAACGUCUCCUCAAACACGACAUGUUUCGUCACCUGAUAGACACCAAAAAAAAAUAUCAGAAAGCGCAUAUUCUAGUAUAAGACGCCAUCGUUCCACGUCAAUAUCACCAACAACGACUCAAAUCGAUGGAAAAUUGAAGACGACAACAAAGAUGGACGAACGCGAUGAUGUUAACGAAAGUGAUGAUAAUUUAUCGUCGAAAAAAUUUCAUCAUAAAAAAGACAGAAAAGAAAAGAAACAUAAAAAACAUCAUCAUACUCAUCUGAGACAUAUGAUAAAAUCCGAAAGUAGUAAAAUAGUACGAUAG